AUGAUGGAUAUGUGGGCAAUGGCAAAGGAGAAGCUUCGUGAGAAUGAAGAAAAGUUGGCAAAAUCCAAUGAAGGAACAGAAGAGAGAACAAACGAAGCUGCUCCACAAAAAACCACGACACAUAUCGUUAUCUGUGGCUGUUCACAAUCAGGUAAAUCAACAUUGAUCCAUAAGUUCUUAGACAAGAAUGAGGAACCGAAAGAAACGAUAGCACUGGAAUACUUAUACGCAAGGAGAACCAGAGGAAAUGAUGACAUUAGGAUGUGUUCACCGUUCCCGAUUCCACUGCUGAUUGUGGGUUCCAAAUAUGAUGAAUUCCAGAAUUUCGACUCAGAACAGCGACGAAAAAUUUGUGCUACCUUGCGGUUCAUAGCCCACUACUAUGGAGCUGAUUUGAUGGUAAAAAUUUCCUUUCUUUUUGUUCGGAAGUCGUCAAACCAGCAAGAAAAACAGAAGCGCUUGAACUAUUUUAGUUUUACUCAUCUCGCAGCGAACAACUCAUAA